GAAGACACAAUAGAGGAUUUUAGGCCGGAGCUGAGAAUGCGAGCCAUGGGCGAUGAAUGAUGCCAGCGAAGUGUCCGCAGGUGACUCACCUGCGCGAACCGGCCGCGUGCUCGCGCUUUAACAAGUCAUGCAGAAUAAAUUCGUCGCGUGCAGAGCAGUGCCCAAAGAAGCAGGAUACGGAUCCGGAAUGGAAGAGUAGCUGAUCCAUACACCUGAUCCGUGCUUGCCAUGGGGAACUGCUGGGCUCAAUGUUUUGGGCUCUUUAGGAGGGAAGCAAACAGGAUACAGAGAGGAGGAGGGUCAAAAUACUUCAAAAGCAGCACCGCUGGGGAACACUAUACCAUUGAGUUUGAGAACCUUGUUGAGAGCGAUGAGGGUGAGAGCUCACAAAGCUGCUCCAGACCCAUCAGUGAAGAGGAGAUUGGUCACUUGAAGGAGCAGUGCUAUGCUGCCAUCUCAGACAAACAGGUGCUGAUCGACGAAAAGCUGAAUGCAGAGUUAUUGGCAGAAGAGGAGAAGUUAAGGCUAGAAGAGGAGGCUGUUUUUGCAGCUCAGCGUGAGGCAGCGCGGCUCGCUAUGGAACGAAAGCUAAAGGAGGGGAAGCAGCCACAAAGGACCAAACCCAGAUCAGACCCAAAGAGCAGUGACCCUCGGCACAAAACCAAAGUGUCAGAUGCAGAGUUUGAGGUGUACCUGCAGAGUGUGAAGGCUCAAUCUGAAGCCUUUCGCUGUAACAGACUCAGUUCUGAAACGAAUGUGGUGACCCCAAACACAGAGAGCAGCUGGGACUUCACCAGUAAGACUGACGCCACUCUGGACCUGGAAUGGGAGGAUGAGGAGGGAAUUAUCCGGAUGGGUCCUGCAUGGGAGCGUUCCAAAACAGAGGAGGACAUUUUACGGGCAUCACUUCGUCCCGGCGGGAAACAGCUGGACAGUGGCCCCACCUCCGCAUCUGAGGACUCUAAUGCUUUGGAGUGGGAGAAUGACUUUGUAAGUGCACAUCCUGAGGACAGUGGUGACCAUGCCGACGAGGACUUUGAUGGAUUUGUUAAUCCAGUACUGGACACGCCCACUGAGGAGGCGGGGCAUAAGGCCAGCUCUGACGAACAAGAGAGAUAGUCUACAGCAAAAAGACAGUGAGACUACAGUAACUUCAAAUGCCCUCAUUCAGAUUCAGUGUGAUAUGAUUGCAGACGGUCCCUUAAACCUAAUAAAACUAAACCCAUAAUUCUCAGUGUAGGAGAAAAUACAAGGAACUGAAAUGCUUUAUAUCAUUUCUGUAUUUCAGUAUUGGGUGAAUAUCAUGAAAAUCUGAGUCAUGAUCUACCCCCACCCC